GCGUGUAAUGACUCGAUCGAAAUCGAAGUACUCGACUCCGGAGGAGGCUGAGAAGCCGUAUAUACCUUGGAUGGUCAGGCGGGCGGUCCUGGUGUUACUCCUGGCUGGAUGGAAUUCAGAUGGAACGACGACCUGGGAUGCAUGUGUUGACACCAUCAUGGAAAAAUACGGGAGGAGGAUACGAGACAUCGUAAAGCUGAUGACAAGGCUAGACAAGGUCAUAGGUGAAAGCGUUGUCUCGAAAGACAUAAUCGUCUGCAUAGUGGCUAGCGGCCGCCAGUACGAUCUUGAGUCCAUGGAGAAUGCCGACGGACUUGGUGAGAAGGUGCAGCCAUCUGAUCGUGUUAUGUGCACGUCCGAUCUUGGGCUGAAGGUAACGGAGGUAUCUCACGAUGGUGGCUUGGAGAAAGAUACAUAUUUGCUGAAGCCAAAGGUGGUAUUGCGUUCUUCAUUGAUGUGAAAACGCUAGUCAGAG